AUCUUCGCUGAUGUUCAUCAGAUGAGGAAGAGAACCGACAGAAUCAACACACUUAUAAUAAUACCUGAUAACUGAUCAAAAUGUCCUUCAGUAUGUGGGUUUUCACUGUGCUUUUCAUCAGUAUGGAGGAUCUUGUGAAUGGCGAUGAGUUACAGACUGUGAUGGAGGGAGAUGUUCUCACUCUACACACAGGAGACACUGAGAGUCUCCGUGAAGUGAUGUGGCUGUUUAAACAAGGUGAUCAAACUGUUCGUAUCGCACAGAUGUAUCAGGGUUAUGAACCCUUUUAUGAUAAGAGACUAACCAGCAGAGUGAAAAUGAACCCAAAGACUGGAGCUCUGAGCAUCUGGAACAUCAGCAGCAGCGACUCUGGACUUUAUCAAGUUUCUCUCCACAGUGGAUCCGUCUCAGAGAAAAGCUUCAGAGUGGACGUUUACAGGCCUGUUUCUGCGCCUGUCAUCAGGUCUCUUGUUAGUGUAAACCAAACUCAAGGUACAUUAAAGCAGUCACAGAAGAUGGAGGAGUUCUGUUCUGUGUUCUGCUCAGUGAAAAAUGACAGAGGCGUCUUCAUCUCGUGGUAUAAAGGAGGAGAAAUCCUGAACCAGUCCAGCAAUCCUGAUCUCAGCAUCAACCUCAGUUUAUCAUUAGAGCUUCAUUAUAAUGAUCCAGAGACCUACAGCUGUACAGCUGUGAAUCCAGUCAACAAUAAGAGCAUCCAUCUUCACAUUAAAGAGAUCUGCCCACGACAGGAAGAUUGUCUGCAUCACUGUGGUGUAACUGAGGCUCUGGUUCGUCUGGUUCUCUCUGGUCUGCUGGGAAUCGUCACCGUUAUCUUUCUGUUUGAGCAUCUGAGGUUCAGCUCAUUUCGAGGAGGAGCUGCUUCUGCGUGAUGAUGGAACAGUUAUGAGUCACACAAUGGCCAAAAACAUGAUGGUGAUGGAAUGCUACAAGAACUGUUGGCAGUAAGGCUGAAAGUGUAACUUGAGGGCACCAUUUGGGACAGGGCCAUAAAAUGUCUCAAAUCAUUUUGACAAUGAAGUUGGUGUUCAG